UCUAACUGGGGGAAAAGUUGCAGUGCAGACAGAGAUAUGUUCAGGACUUUGACAGACAGAAGGUCAUCUCUGCUGCUGGAACAUAAGUCUCAACAAUGGUCCUGAAACAGUGUCAAUCGCGACUCAAACGUUUUGGUGCUAACCACCCAGAAAAGUGGUACGACCUUUCUUUACAUCAAGACAAAGUUAGCAGUUAUGUGCCAACGACCAUUUCCCCAGCUGUCAACACAUCUCCGUGUGUCCGCUGCAUCAUCACAUCACCCUUUGGAAACUAUGAGCGGAGAGGAAGAGGAGCUGGACUGAAGACAAUGCACCUGUCUGCGGUUACACACAUAUGCACGAGAGAGCUGAGUUCCUCCAUCAAAACCUUCCAGUAUUUGAAACCCAACGUACCAAAGUCUGAAGGCAGGAGGCUGCUUUUUGAUACACAUGCGGUGGUGCGACUCUUUGAGGAAAAUGGCUUUACGACUCAGCAAGCUGAGGUGAUGGUUAAUGUACUGGUGAGGACGACCAGCUCUAACAUGGAGGUCAUCUAUAACGACAUGGUAACCAAAGUGCAGCAGGAGAUCAUGUUGCAGCAGGUGAUGUCUCAAAUAGCAGCUGUAAAGAAGGACAUGAUAAUCCUCGAGAAGAGCGAGUUCACUACGUUACUGGCAGAAAAUGAGAAACUGAAGAUCCAGUUAUUGCAGCUCAAGGUCCAACUGGCUGAUGUCAUGAAUAAAGUGCGCUCAGACACUAUUAUCGACAUGAAUUUGGAGAAAAGUCGUGUAAAGGAAUUGAAAGUGGAGCACGAGAAGAUGCUUCUAGAAACACGAACUGAAAUUAUGGAAAUGACUGCAGAGCAAGAUCGUCAUUUAACUCAAACCAACAUGAAAAUAGACACUGAAGUGGCUGGUCUGAAAACCAUGUUAGAGUCUCAUAAACUGGAUACUAUAAAAUACCUUGCAGGUUCAGUGUUCACCUGUCUCACUGUGGUCUUGGGUUUUUAUCGUAUUUGGAUGUGAGCAGGACUAUGAUUUUCAUACAACCUCUGGUGACACUUGAAACUUUCAGUGCAUCCUCUCAAUCAGCAGUCUGAGAACAAUUCUCUUUCAUUUUCAGAAAGUUUAUCGGUGCAGCCUUAUUCUUUUCUCAGAAGUAGGAGUUAGGAAAGAAAGGCUCUGCCACCAGAUCACUGGUGAAAGUUUUUUAGAUAAUAAAAUUUUGAUUCUGAAAUUCCUUUUUUUAGCUGCCUUUGAUUAUAGUUGAUAAAUAUACUUAUUAAAGGUUUUGUACAGUCUAAUUGUAUUCAAAGGGAAUUUGCUGUUUCCUAAAGAUAUUCAAAAAAUGUGUAGACAAUUAAAUACUGAACUGUUAUUGAAAUCGAAAUGAAACGUUUAAAUUGACAAACGUUUGUAUUUAUUUUUUUUAUGUGUAUAUUAAGCUGUAGAUAUUGGAGAGAAAUCAGUGUAAGGGUGGGUCAGUGUGACUCUUAACCAUUUCACUAUUAUUACAGAUAUUUAACCUGUGUCUGUCUCUCUAUAAUAUUAUAACAUGAUUGAUUAAUGUAUAUUAUUUGAAUAAAUUGAAUUGUCAAUAAAUGUAAACGUGCCUACAAA